GCAGUCGACUCCAGCAGUACUUGUCAUCGAUGACGGUGUAUCCAGCAUCACGGCCUUGCGGUUCGUAGACGAGGACAAGGGCCAAGAUCUUAUUGGCGGCGAGGUUCAUUUCCGAGGCGAAGGAUACCUCACACGCGUGUCCUCCUACUCGGUCUACUUGGCUUUGGCACCCAGCGGAAUUGGCCGGAGCCUCCUCGGCCAGGCGCUAAUCGGCACCACAAGCCUGGUCAUCCCCCAGGGCACCCUGCUGCAGCAAAACUUCACGGACUUGGUCAUUUACAUCGAGUCCUCUCUGGUGCAGCAGCGGAGUCCAGCAAUGAGCAUCCCUCUGGUGGACGAGUUCGAUGCUACCUGCGAUUCGCUGACUUCAGUCUGCGGUACAGGAGGUGGCACGGUGUCCGGAGCUGAGAUUCACCAGGAUUACGGUGGGCUCAUGCUCUCCUUUGCAGAGCGCGGCCCUCAGUGA